AUGAAUUUUAGAAAUCGCAUCUUUAAAAUCAAGAUCUCAUCAAUUAUUACUCCAUAAUUGUAAAUAUUUCAAAUUAUUCAAGAGUUGAGAAAGUUGCUGACUCAUUAGAUAAAUGGACCAUUUACAAACCUGAAUGCAUUGCUCUUAUCAUUAAUUCUCUAGGUGGAUCUCUUAUUCAAACUUAAAAUCUAGCUAUCCUCAUUAAAAAGUAUAGUCAAACCAAUAAGUACGAAUAAUUCUAUCUUAGAAUCCCAAUCUACUGCUUUGGAGAGGAUAUUGUAAUCAAAAGUGCUUUAGGAUUAUUGACUAUUGGUGAUAAGGCUUAUGUGAGUUAAUAAAAUUAAAAUUAUAGAUCCCUAUGCUAUUGUUGGGAAUAUGGGAUAUGCACAGCCUUUUUUUGAUUUAAGAAAACUAGCCUCAAAUUGGCAUAUUAAUUAGAAACACAUUGCCACAAACGAGAAUAUGAAACUUUUAAAUCCAUUGACUGAAUUAUCCGAAAAAAAUAAAGAAUGGGUAGAACAAUAGAUGAAGAACCAAGAAGCUGAACUAAUCAAUAUGAUUGAAAUAAACAGGAAAUUAGAUAAAUCUACAUUUGACGAUAGGGUAAAAGAAGUUUAUCAUAAUGGAAUCGUAUAACCAAAUGUAUUAUUAAAACACGGCAUAAUUGACGGUUAUAUAGGCUUUGAUACAAUGAUAUAAGGAAAGAAAGUUCGUAAAUUAAUGUGA